AUGAAUUGUAAAAUAUAUAAAUCGCUUAAUUGCUUUUUCAUCCUCAUAUUAAGCUAUUUGAUUUUUGAAGUUGAAUCAUUUACUCCUGCAGGACGAUUGGCUCAUUCCUCAGUCCUUGUUGUAAAUAGGAUUUAUUUUUUUGGUGGAGUUGAUGAUCAAAGUAAUGAUUUAUCUGAAGUAUUUUAUCUUGAUUUAUCAAAGCCAUUUGAUAUGGCAACUCCAUCAUGGAAAGAUAUGUCAGCUACAUCUGCUAUUCCAUUUAGAAGCGCAUUUGCAACCACUGCAUCAACUAAUAAUGAUAAUAACCCGAUCAUUUACCUUAUUGGAGGAUUGACUCGAGAUCAAAAUAAUGUUGAUACAUUUAUCUCUCUGAUACAUGCAUUUAAUCCAAAAUCAAAAAAAUGGAAUACGCCUAUAAUUAAAGGAAAAGAACCAGAAAGACGCAGAAAUAUUCAGGCUGUUGUUGAUGACGUCGGAAAAAUUUAUGUUUUCGGUGGAAAAACCGAUAAUAGUCUAGGAUCGGAAAUUAUUCAACUGUUCAAUGAUAUUGCAAUAUUCAAUACUAAGGAUUUAAAUUGGUCACAGGGUCCAAUUGUCAAUGCUCCUUUAAAACGUGAUCUUUAUACCGCGACACAUUAA